AUGCAGGAGGUUUUCGACGAUGUUGACGGAGCAGGUUCACGAAGGCGGCAUGGCGGGAGAAGGCAGGACGAUAAGGAGAUGAGAUCCAACUUAGGGAGAAAUCACAAGGAGCAUGUUGAGACUCCCAGAAAGAAUGCAGCAAACGCCGUGAUUGCGCUGUUGGUACUUGUUGUGUCUGGUUUGGUCGUCGGGAUUCAAUUCUUUCGAUUCGAAGACAAGGCGAACACAUGGUUAGAAAAGCAAAAAGAAAACCAGGGGCAAUUGCUCUUUACGAAAGAAAUUCUCAGAGACUUUGAUGGUUCUGUCGAGGGUCGUCCCAUUGUCGUCUGUAUUGUUGGAAGCUGCUACAAUGUCUCUGCCGGAGCGCGAUUCUAUAGCAAAGGAAUGCACUACGCUUGUUUUGCUGGCAAUGAUGGAAGCAGAGCAUACGUGACAGGAAAAUUCGACAAGGAGGGAUGUAUCGACGAUCUUGAAGGAUUGAAACCUGGAGAGCUGAUCACUGUUGAUGGCUGGUUGAAAUUUUAUCAAAACCAAACGAAGUACAAUUACAUGGGGAAGCUCAUUGGACGAUAUUAUGACAGCACCGGCGAAGAAACAGAAGAGCUCAAGACUUUCCACAAGCUCGUGGCACAGGCUCGGCACGAUGAGAUCUUCAUGAAGAAGCUUCCAGCAUGCAAUGUCCACCUGUUUCCUGGCGAGGGAACCAGGAUAUGGUGCAGCUCGGACAGCGGUGGACUAGAGCGGCACUGGAUCGGAUUGCCGCGAAUGGAAAAAGAUGAGGAUACUGGUGAAGACAGAUGCGUCUGCGUGCCUCCCGAAAGGCUCAACGAGAAUGGAUUCAGAAUCCUCCCCAACUGCACGGAAGAGAAUCAAUGUUAUCAGAACUAG